AUGACGAAAGAGACUACGCCGAAGGGUGAAAAUGUCGAGCGAGGAGCAAAGUUGAAGUUGGCACUUGCUGCGAUCGAUCAGCUGAUAGCUGCGCAGCCUGCGGCAGAGGAGUUAGCCACCAACUGGCCUGCCUUCCAGCCUCUUGCAAGAGCACUCGACAGUGGCAAAUUGUGCCCGCUCCACCCACGCGGCAUACCGCUGGCCACUGCGGUGCGGUCGCUCAAAGCCAAAUGGCACGGUGAUGGAAGCUGGCCUCUGCUAGGAAGUGAUGAAGUCUGGGCCCCAACUCAGACGGCUGUUGGAAUUUCCGGCGUUGCUGUCAGCGCUGGCAUCGCCAUGCCUCCCAGAAGUGUCCAUCCUUGCAGGUUGCUCCUUCGACCGGUGGGCGUUUUCAGCUUUCAGCCACCACAACAACAAGAAGCUCAGCCGCACCACGAGCUGGUGAACCACCAGUUAUGCAAGCAAGACCCAGAUUCGGAAGAAGUGGCAAGACUUUACCGCCUUCGCGGUGUUCACGUCGCAGAGGCAGACAUUCCACCUGAUGCUGAUGACUGA